AUGGUUCGAAUUAGUGUCCUAGCAGAUGCGCUAAAAACGAUAAAUAAUGCCGAGAAACGUGGAAAGCGUCAAGUUCUGAUACGACCAUGUUCGAAGGUACUUGUUUCGCACAAGCAUUUUUUUUUUUUGGAUUUCUAUUUUUCCUCGCACUGUAAAGAAAAAAGCAGGAAAACAGGCUUCGAGAAGUAUUUUUCCCGUUCCAUAAAUUUGUUUCUUUUCCUUUUUGUGGAAGAGUACUGUUGCUGUAGUAUCACAUUUUCUUCUUCGCUUCUGUGGACUGGGACAGCAACCGAUCAGUACUGA